AUGAAGAUUCGGAGCAAUGACGGCUUGAAGGAGGACGAGUGCGAGGAGCUGGAUGUUUCGCAGCUAACGUUCUUGGACGACUUGCUCACGUUCGCGGAGAUUGAGGAGUACGACAAUGCAUCCAUCAUACUGGAGGUGUUGCAAGGCGAAAUUAAAGCCGGGGGCAUGCGCGCCAACACCAGGAAGACGGAGAUGCUGCCCACGCCGACUGGAGUUGGGAGCAAGAAAAGGUUGAAGGAUAUCCGUGCGCAGAGCACAGGCAUUGUGACGUGGGAAGGGGAAGACUAUUUCCCACUGCACCCACAACAGACGGUCAAGCACUUGGGGGCGCAGCUGGCGGCGACGGGCGCGCACCACGUGGAGGUCACCAACCGUAUCAGGGCCGCCAACUCCACCCAUGCGCGCUUGCUCCGCCGUGCAUUCAAGAGCGGGUUUAGCCCCAAGUUGAAGAUCCGAUUAUGGAAGGCAUUGGUACGUUCGGCGUGCUUAUACUGCUUGGAGAUCGCCAACCUCACCAAGAGGGAGCUCAACAGGCUGGAGAGCUGGCAGGUGAGAAAACUUCGAGGAUUAUUAAAUUCGCCAGCUCACCUGUACAAGAAGACCAAUCGUGAGAUCAGGAAGCAGGCCCGUACUGCGACGGUUGCGAGCACGUUGUUGCCACGGAGACUGAGGUGGUGGAGAAAGGUGCUAUGGCCGGCCUUCAGGGAGCCCUGUGACGACCUGUACGACCCGACGCUUGCGGUCAGGGCAGUCGUCUUCGGACGCUUCUCGUUCGAGCAGGUUGGCCAGGGGGAGCAGUCGGGCCUGCCGACGCUGCUGCUGGAGGACGCGCGGCAGAUGUGGCAGACUGUGGACGCACAGGAGAAGCUCGCGGCCCGUCGGCUUUUUCUGUUGCAUGGCGACUCUCCUGGGCUGGCUGAGCCUUGGCUGCGCGGGCUCGCCUUCCUUGAGCCGCGCAGUUUCUGCCGUGUGCUGACUCACGGCGGCGAGAUGGACACUGUGACUGACACGGCAGCCAUCGUGUGGCUGGAGUGCGACCUGCUCAAGCUAGACAUUCAGAACCACCAGAGCCCGCUGCCUUCUCUGCAGUACCAGUACCUGCUGCGGCGGGCGAUGUUCCAGCCGAUAGGCGAGGCGCAAGUGACGGCGGGCAGCAACGAGAGCAAGAGGACGGCGGCAGAAGCAGGGGUCGCGGGCGAAGGCAAGGGCGACCAGCCCGACGUGGUGGGCCCCUUGGCCAAGGCGCUGGCGCGGCUGGUCCUGCAGCACGAAGACAUGGCGAGGUCGGCGCGCAGGGGCGACAACUUCGUGAUCCCGCUCAGGCCGACGCAGAAGAUGGCGACCGCGCUGGACCAGGCUCUGGCGCACUACGAGGAAGAGGGCACCAAGGCCAAGGAGAAGGCGAAGGAGAAGCAGGAGGAGUUCAUGGGCAACCCACUCGGCAAGCGCCCCGACGCGCUGGCGAGGGCAGUAUUGUUCCGCAUGUCGGAGGCCGUGGAGGACAAGAAGGAUGCAGCGCUGGCGGCCGUGGAGCAGGGCAUCGAACCGCAGGCCGCCAAGGCCGCGCUGGACGAACUCUUGAAGGUUGGGAAGAUGGUGCAGGACCCGCAGUUGAAGUUCGCGGCGGCGAGGUGCAUCAAAGUGAAGAGCAAGAACGACGAGGAGGGCCUAGAGGCAGGAGAGUGCAAAUGGAUCUUUGCGGUGAACCACUACCCAGGGUUGAAGGAGUCGCUAAAUCUGCUGAGGCGCAAUGGCGCACUGGCCGCUGUUGGGGCGGGCCUCCAGUACGACAUCGCGACGAGGUCCAAGGCGGCGAAGGAAGUGGAGUCGCUGGCGCUCAAGGGCGGCAAGGGUACACAGACGAGCAGGAGCAAGAAGCUCAG